GCAAAUUGUCGAGGAUUGGUUGUCCUUGUGUUGUGCUGUAUGAAAUGAACAGUUUGUCGUAAAAUACAAUCGUGAAUUCGUGAUAAAAGCGAUCGCAAAGUGUUCUGGUGAUAAAAAUGACGCGAUAAUAUCCAGUGAAUCAUUACAUUCAGUUAUUUUACUUCGGCUAUCUUGUUCUACAUUAGUUAAGUGUUAUGAUAUGAUCAUAGCGCACGGUUCGGUCUCCUCAAAGCAGUCGAUAUUAUGUGGCCCGCAAGCCAAAGCGACAUAAAAGCUUUUCAAUUAUGAUCCCCAUGGUGUAUACAGUAUAUGGUUUUGCCAUAUUUUUUAUAAUAGCUUGGGUGUGUCUGUGGUUAAUUCACAUAAUGGCUUUAUCGUAUUCUAAAUGGAAAUUACACAGAACAGUAGACCGGUCGCCUCCAGAACAACCAUAUCCAGGAGUUUCAAUACUAAAGCCUUUGACUGGUGUGGAUCCCAAUUUAUUUUCUAACUUGGAAACAUUCUUCACCCUCGAUUACCCAACCUACGAAGUCUUAUUUUGUGUGGAGAGUGAACAUGAUCCUGCCGUAAUGUUGGUGAACAGUCUUUUACACAAGUAUCCACAUAUUGAAGCGCGGCUUUUCAUCGGCGGGAUGUGCGUCGGGGUUAAUCCCAAAAUCAACAACAUGCAACCGGCAUAUUUGGCGGCAAAAUAUCCCAUGAUUUUAAUAAGCGAUGCUGGAAUUCGAAUGCGGGAGGACACUCUGCUCGAUAUGGUACAACAUAUGCGAGAAGAUGUUGCGAUCGUACACCAAAUGCCGUUCGUGUGUCCUUAG